AUGGACGCGACCGGACUCAAUGAUCUCCCGGCCGGUCAGCCUGUUCAAGAGAACCACGACAAGGACCUGAAGCCAGCACGCAAGCGAAUCAUCAUUUGCUGCGACGGAACCUGGCAGUCUGCAGUCUCGGGGCAGAAGACCGUGCCUUCUAACGUCACUCGUCUGUGCCGCUCGUUGAAUCCAGUUGGAACAGACAAGGAUGGCAAGGAAUGGCAGCAAGUUGUCUGGUAUGACUCCGGCAUCGGCACCAACUCUCUCGCACUCGGAGAUGCCCUCGAGGGAUUAACCGGUCAAGGCAUGGAGACCAAUGUCAUCGAAGCCUACAACUUUGUCGUUCUCAACUACAACCCCGGGGACAAAAUCAUGUGCUUCGGCUUCUCGCGGGGCGCGUACACCGCGAGAACGAUUGCCGGGCUCAUCUCGGAUGUUGGCGUCUGUCAACAGGCCGAUCUAAAUAGAUUUCCGGAUCUUUGGGCUGUGUACAAGAAGGUCAAGCACGGGAAACGGUUUCACAGAAGUGAUCUCUGGUUUGACUGGAUGUGGGGCAAAGCCGACGAGCAUCAAGGUGCCGGUGACGCUGACCACCGUGACUUUGUGUAUGAAAGCGUGCCGCAGGGAGAUUGGGCUCAGGAAGGGUCGCGGGAGGUGGACGUGGUCGGUGUCUUUGAUACCGUGGGCUCUCUGGGAAUGCCCGAAGUGUUCGGUAUCAAGUUCCCCAACAGCGAAGGCUGGCACAAUGUUGGCUUGUCACCGAACAUUCCCAACGCCUUCCAAGUGCUCGCGUUGGAUGAACGGAGAAACGCGUUCUCGCCGACUCUUUGGUACCUGGACAAAAAGACAGCCACCAGAGAGCAGGUGGACGCCCUGGUUGAAGCAGAAAAAGCAGCCGAACGAGAGUACUGGAAUAUAUUACACUAUGCAAUCAACUUGAAAAAGACCGGCACAGCGACCGAUGAACAAGUCAAUGCUCAAGCCAGAAAGCUCAAUGAAGCGGCGAGAGCUUGGAAUCGAGCCUCUCGAAAACGAGUGAGAUAUCAGAACCGAUUAGAGCAGGAUCCAGUUUUGCGACAAGUCUGGCUGCCGGGCUACCACAUCAACAUCGGCGGGGGAGACCCAGCGACUCUCGCUGACGAGGGUGAUAUGGAAAACAUGGCAAACAUCGCUUUCGCCUGGAUGUUGGAUCAGAUCAAAGACCAUGUAUCAGUCAACCAGCAAGUCGUCGUCGAUGAACAAACGAAAAGCGAGCAGCACAUUCAGAAGCUCAGUGAGAUGAUCCAGGCUUCGGAGGCAAAACUCAACAGCCCUGGCUCUAACGCCUUGGCCAAAUGGAGCAGGUCCCUCGCUGACACUGCCAUGGACAUUGUUAAAGCUCCGUUAGGAUUGUUCCAGAAAUCUGCAGCACAGAAGCUUUACGAAAUCGGAUGGGGUACGGGCAUCCUGACAGACAGCUACACCAUGUCAUACUGGGCCAACGGCCAGAACCGACGCACACCGGGCGAUUAUGUCAAGGAUAAGGAUGAGACAUUGGUCGACACAUGCGAAUUCAUCCACCCGGUAGUGCACUACCGAGUUCAGUGGUGUGAGAAGAGAAACAAGCAAGAUUCGUCCCAUCCGAAAUACUCGCCUGUGGGGCCCAAAUUCAAAUACGACCGGCGAAAGCAGAUCGACAAAGAGGGGAAACCAUAUUUUGAGUACAAUAUCGCAGGCUCCAAGAAGCCAAUUCCGGAAUGGAAGCUUGGGGACCAAGGCUCCUUUGAACGGCGAGCGAUAGCCGGCCGAGAUGCGUACGACUAUGUUGACCAGCUGGAUCAGGAGUUGCAGACGGGAAUCAAGACAAUCCGUCGGCCAACGGCUGAGGUCAUGCAGACUCGCGCACAGCGAUGGAUGGAUUAUAUCAAGAUAACCACUGCCGGUCAGUCUGUUCGUGGCUCGGCCCCCGAUGAUACUGCUAAGGGAAGUCUUUGUAAAGAUCCAGAGAAUGGUGUAUAA